UCCUUGGGGAUUGUAACGACAUCAUGGUCAGUGAACAAGGACGAUAGUCAUGUCAUGGAUGAGCUACCGACUCGAACACUGAACAAAUCAACUCAUAAUCUGAUGGGAGUGAAAAACGGACGUUAUUAUCUGAAAUGAACAGGAAGACGAACUUGCUGUCUCUCAUCGAAUCACGCAUUGCGCAGAGAAAGGGCGUCCAGACUUAUCUUCAAAGAAGUAGGAGGAAAAGAAGUCGGACAGCUCUGCGGUUCAGACGGCGGUUGGGAACAGAUGAACAAACCAGUGCUAACAUUUCUAUUAUUUCAAUCACAACUUAUCAGGGAUUAAAUUUAUCAUCGCCUUCAUUAUCAACAAUCAAUGACUCAAACAGUUCGGGUGGUGCCAAUUCGUCAUCAGAAUCGCCGUUGCGGUGGUCGUCGUCAUGGUCAUCCGCGUCGUCGACGUACCUGGAAGACGAUAUUCAUGUUAAUAGAACAAACAGCGUGCCUUACAACUUGGACAAUCGUAGGUUGCUUAGAAACAGAUCAAGCCAUUUAAAUAUCAGCAACUUUUUACGCAACACGAGAUGUCGCGUGAACAUUAGCGACUUGGCGCCAGAGAGCAAUGGCACAUCUCGAAGUCGGACUAGAAGAGGAGUGGAGUCUGAAGGUUGUCAAGUACUUAAUGUUAAUCAUGGUUACAUCAGGGUUGAUCAAACCGGCCUUGUUACAACAACCUGGGAUGGCAGUGAUGUAAACACUAGGUUAUACAUCUUUUCAAUAGGACCCGGGUAUUCAAGGAUUAAAGGGAUAGCUGCCGAUAGAUAUAUCCACAUGGACGAAGCCGGCUCCGUCCGAGGUAUCCCAGCAUCACAGAUCCCGGAACCAUACGAUGCGUCAGAUAGUCGGGGUGCGUGGUACGAGUCGCCGGGCUGGUGCUACGAAUCACAGUGGAUCCAAUGGUAUCGCAAAGGAGGUGUCCGAAACCAGCUUAAAUGGUAUCUAGCGUUCAACUUACGAGGACGGCCGAUUCGCGUACAACGUACACACGCCGGAAUGUGCAACGCCAUGUUCACGAAGACUCUAUCAACGGGUGUAUCAUGUAAUCCGAACGACGGCGGUUACACGAAUAACUGACGAGGAUUGCGAUGACGACGACGAUGUUGGAAUUGGCUAUAGCAGCUCAUUAUAUGGAGGUUCGUUAUACCGAAUGUUCAUUAGUCCGGAAAAUUCGAUAUACCGAACGUUCGUUUGUCCAGUGGUUUUGUUAUUUCGAAAAUGACAGGUUGAUUGAGGGGAGAAGGGCGUUAAAUAAUGAAUUUUAAGCUGGUAAACAAUCACACCGAAGAUAACCAACACAGAUAUACACAAUUGACAUUGCUUGGAGAAAGACCUAUAGGCCCCGUCUUACAAAUCAAGAGUUACGAUUGAUCCAAUCAGUCGUAACUGUAUGGAAAUCCAUCGGUGUCAUAUUUUUUUUUCUACAGGAAAUUUGCAAAAUGUUAUGUGUUAACAAAGGAGAUCACCCCAAUUUACCAAGAAAUCAGUGAAUAUUUAUGGAUAUACAUUCAUAUCUAGAUUUUUU